AUGCUAUUGAAUCCAACGAACGACACAAUCCCUAUCGCAUGGUACCCAGAGCCAUCCUUUCGAGGAACGUAUUCGCUUCUUUCCAGCUGGGUCUCGACACUCCUCCUUUGCGUUCUCAGCGCGGUGCACCUCGAUGUCCCAUCAGUGAAUCAUUCGAAGCUACACAGAUGGGCUACCAAAUUUAAGUGGGUGGCGGUCGGGAUAUUUGCACCGGAGUGGCUCUCCAUGAUAGCUUGGAUUGAGUGGAAAAACGCGCGCGCUAUGGUCAUAGAGGCGAAUAAGCAUCUUAUUCAAGCUGGAAAAGCCACGUCACAUACUGCGUGGGACCUGACUCAAGGUUUUUAUGCGUCCACCGGCGGCUUCUCCGCAAAAUACUCAGACAAAGAGGCAACACUCACCGCGACAGGGGUCCUCUAUUUGAUAAAAGAAGACGCAGACGCUCUUCGAAAGAUCUCCACGAUAUCCUCGAAGGAUAUCCGCGACAAGAGCAAGCAGGAUAGCAUAUCAAAGUGCCUUGCACUCGUACAGGUGCUAUGGUUCGGAGCACAAUGUAUCACACGAUUGGUGCAGGGUCUUCCGGUCAGUUUACUCGAACUGAAUACCGUAGUCCACACCCUCUACGCCUUCAUCACCUACGGUUUUUGGUGGAACAAGCCAUUCGAUGUCGAUGUCCCACAUACCAUCACCAUCACAAGUGAUGCCGUUUGGAGGAAUCCUCGCCCCGAUCAUAAUAUUUCCCAACCUCCCCUCACGACUAAAGAAAUAUCAAAACCUCUCUGUAUUCGAUUCAGUUGGCGUUAUUUGAUAUACGGCGCCAAUCCAUUCCAGGUGGACGAGGCACAAACUGUGUCUUCCCGGAACAGCGUAAUAGUGCCAAGCUUCUUUGGUGCACUCUACGGUGCUCUUCAUCUCGCAGCGUGGAACUCAUCAUUCCCGACCCCGCUGGAAUGUUUCCUAUGGCACAUAUCCACGCUGUGCAUUAUUCUUUGCGGAGUGGUUGUUUCGAUUUCCCAGGUGUUCGUUAUUCGUAUAGAAAAGGCAAAAACAGGAUGUGUAGCGAGCCGAGCGUUACUUUUGGUGCUGAACCUCGUGACGUCCUACAGUAUUCUAUUUUAA